GUCCACAUCGAGGUUAUCCAGGGCCAUGGCACUCGGCUCCCUUUCCCUUUGUGCUUUUUUGCUGCUGACUUUCCUCACUCCGGGUUCCCUAGCCGCUGACCGUACUAGUGAGGCAGGGGAGGCUGCUAUCUCUGAUCCAUCACAAGAGUGUACGGCCUACUAUUACGCGCCGUCAGCAACAAAAAUCAGCUCCUUUCCUACAAUAUGGCAGCCUGCAUCCAUCGUUGCCAAUGACUCCGCUGCACAGGCCAAGUGGCAGUCCAUCAUGGGUAGUGUUCCGACCAACAUCACAGCCAAGGGAACCAGCACCGGCAACUUCACAAACGUCACGUAUUCCGCAUCCGACCCAGAUUGUUGGUGGAGCUAUCAUCAGUGUGUUACGCCAAAAUUGGCUGGACUACCUGAUGACAUCGCUACGGUCCCGGAACCCAACACUCUAGGGUUUGGUUUCGAUGACGGACCGAAUUGCUCUCAUAACGCGUUCUACGACUAUUUAACUAGUCAAAAUCAGAAAGCUACGAUGUUCUACAUUGGAAGUAAUGUGAUGGACUGGCCGUUAGAAGCGCAAAGAGCAAUUGCUGAUGGACACCAGAUUUGCGUUCAUACCUGGUCUCAUAGAUACAUGACAUCAUUCUCUAGUGAGGAUGCCUUUGCCGAACUCUACUACACCAUCAAACUCGUCACUGGAGUGACUCCGAAAUGCUGGAGGCCCCCUUUCGGUGAUGUCGACGAUAGGAUACGAGCAAUCGCGAAUGCCCUUGGCCUUCAAACUGUCAUAUGGAAGUAUGACUCGAACGACUGGAAGGCAGGAACAGGGAAUAUUACCGCCGCGACUGUAGAUGCGAAUUACCAAGCAUUGAUCAACAACGCCACUAGUGGGACCUUCAGCACGCAAGGAACUAUAAUGCUGACCCACGAGCUGAACAAUUACACCAUGUCAACGGCAAUGAAAUGGUAUCCACAGCUGAAAGCUGCUUUUCAGUACUUGGUACCCAUCGCCGCCGCAUUGAAUAUUACUCAGCCGUAUGUUGAGACCAACUACUCGUUUCCUACGUUCGAACAAUAUAUCUCAGGAAAUACGACUGUAAAUGUGACUGCUACCUCGGCUCCGGCAAGCAAGUCGAAUGGUGGUGUGGCUCUAUUCUCGUCUGGUAGUCUGGCGUUACUGGGUGUGUUGACCGUCCUAGGGAUGAUGCCGUAGUUUGCAUUUGACAUUAGUUAUACCGAUGACCUC